UGUUUUCUGUUGCCACAUCACUUGGCUGUUUGGAUUUUACCCCGUCCUUAGAUUCCAUCUGCUCCAUUUUUGCUGAUGUGUGUACUGACUCCAGCGUGUUCCAAGAGAGCAACUGCUACUUUGCAAAUACAUUUAAGUGAAUUUCAGCAGCUGAUUUAAACCAGCCUGGGCUGACGACUUGAAACCUAGAAAAUGAAGCUAAAGGAGAUUGAGCGAACAGCUGUAGAGGCGUGGAGUCCUGCAAACAACCACCCCAUUUAUCUAGCAACAGGAACAUCUGCCCAGCAACUGGAUGCAUCCUUCAGUACAAAUGCCACCUUGGAAAUAUUUGAGGUUGACUUCAGAGAUCCCUCUCUGGACAUGAAGCAGAAAGGAACACUUCCUGCCUCAAACAGGUUUCAUAAGCUGAUCUGGGGUAACUUUGGAAACGGGUCCUCAGAGUCCUCUGGAGUGAUCAUUGGUGGAGGGGAUAAUGGUGUACUGACAAUGUACAGUGCACACCGGAUCUUGACCUCAAAGAGUGAUCCUGUAAUUGGGCAGACGGAGAAGCAUUCGGGGCCUGUUCGAGCACUUGACUUCAAUCCUUUCCAGAGCAACCUUUUGGCCUCUGGAGCCAAUGAUUCUGAAAUAUUCAUCUGGGACCUGAAUAACUUUAGUGUGCCUAUGACUCCAGGGACUAAAUCACAGCCUCAUGAAGACAUCAGUGUGGUGUCUUGGAAUCGGCAGGUGCAGCACAUUCUGUCCUCUGCUCACCCCAGUGGGAAGGCAGUGGUUUGGGACCUCAGGAAGAAUGAACCUAUCAUCAAAGUCAGUGACCACAGUAACAGAAUGCAUUGCUCAGGAAUGGCCUGGCACCCAGAAGUUGCAACCCAGCUAGUUCUUUCCUCUGAGGAUGACCGCUUGCCAGUGAUCCAAAUAUGGGACUUACGUUUUGCUACCUCACCUUUGAGCCAGCUGGAAGGACAUACUAGGGGAGUUCUGUCUGUCUCCUGGUGCCAGGCUGACCCUGAUCUGCUGUUGAGUAGCGCCAAAGACAACCGGAUCUUGUGCUGGAACCCGAGUACAGGGGAGGUGGUCUAUGAGUUGCCCAUUCGAAGUCAGUGGUGCUUUGAUGUCCAGUGGUGUCCUAGGAACCCAUCAGUCUUCUCUGCUGCCACUUUUGAUGGAUGGAUCAACAUUUACUCUGUUAUGGGUGGGAACUUAGAAGCUCAGCAGAAGACACAGGCUGACAAGAUCUCUUCCUCCUUCAACAACCUGGAUCCCUUUGGCACAGGACAGACCCUUCCUCCCUUGCAGGUGCCUGAGCAAGUAGCUCAAACCACCUUGAUUCCACCAUUAAAAAAGCCUCCCAAGUGGAUUCGCAGACCUGUGGGUGUUUCAUUUGCAUUUGGAGGAAAACUGAUUACCUUUGGUUUUACCAAAGCUCCUGGGCAGCAAAUACAGCAGACUUACUCACACCAAGUUUUUAUCAGUCAAGUUACUACUGAAACCGAAUUUCUGCUCCGGUCCAAAGAACUGCAGAUGGCUCUGCAGUCAGGAAACCUCCUUGAUUACUGUGAGAGCAAGAUCCAUACAGCCAAGUUGAAGUAUGAGGAGAACCUGUGGAAAUUCCUUAAGGUGAACCUGGAGCAGGAAUCUAGGACUAAACUCCUCAAGCUGCUGGGCUACAGUAAAGAGGACCUGCAAAAAAAGAUCACCUCAUGUCUGAGUAAUGGGAUCCCAGAUAAACAGCCCCUUCCUGAGGCAGAUGAUACAAACACUGCACAUCCAGAUCAGCUUUUAAUGAAUUCCAGUGAUGAUGUAGCUGCUCUUUCCUCCUCUUCAGCCUUUUUUGACAACCUUGUCCCACAGAAUAUGAGCACGUUGGAUAUUCCUGUCACAGAAGAUACCGAUGGACUGAUCAGCCAAGCUCUUUUGCUGGGGAAUUUUGAGGGUGCUGUGGAGCUGUGCAUGCGGGCAGAGCGAUUUGCUGAUGCCAUCAUCUUAGCUAUUGCUGGUGGGGAGAACCUCCUAAAAGAGACCCAGAAGCGCUACUUUGCCAAGCAGAAGACUAAACUCUCCCUGCUACUUUCCUCCAUUGUGCAGCAGAAGUGGCAAGAUAUUGUUUGCACAUGUGAUCUACAGAGCUGGAAGGAGGCACUGGCCAUCUUGUUAACAUACUCAAAGCAUGAGGACUAUGCUCAGCUCUGUGACAUGCUGGGCUCCCGCCUAGAAUUGGAAGGAGACGCAGCCCUAUCCAAUGAUGCCUGCCUCUGUUAUAUCUCGUCAGGCAAUGUGGAGAGGUUGGUGGAAUGCUGGGUAAAAAGCCAUGAGACUUCAUCACCCCUUGCCUUGCAGGAUCUCAUAGAGAAAGUGAUGGUGCUGAGCAGGUCCAUUGAGAUGCUCCGAGGCACAGCAGAAACAGUGCCAGGCCCUGUGUUGGCAGAACAAAUCACCCAGUAUGCCAGCCUUCUGGCAUCACAAGGAUGCUUGGCAGCUGCAAUGAAUUACCUUCCCAACAACUCUAAAGAGCUCCUGAUUGAACAGCUCCGAGACCGGCUCUUCCACGCUCAAGGAGAGAAUGUGGGAAAUCAGCCACCACCACCAUUCCCCUACGCUCGUGUCAAUGUAGGUGUCAUGAAGCACACAUCUCCAGCAGCCCAGAGGGGCUCCACCCCUGAAGGAGCAGCACACAAAACAGAUCACAGACAUCCAGAGAAGCCCAAUUAUCAGCCAUCAUUUGCCCCUUCAGCACCCUCUCAGCCUUCAGUGCCUUCCUUCUUCCCACCUCAGCCAGUGCCAGCAAUGUCUGCAGCACCUCACCAUAAUGUCCCUCCCCAGACCAGCACUAGUCCACAAACAAGUGUCUAUUCCAGAGGACCGCCAUACCCACAGUACAACAUGGGCAUGGUUCCAGCAACAGCUUCAGGGCCAGCUCUGUCACAGUCUCAGCCAUUCAGCCCAGUAGCCAGACCUGUUGGUCCUGCUCCCUUCCCCAGCCAGCCACCUCUGUCAGGACAGUCCAUGCCCAUGGCAUCUCCUGGUGUUCUACCAUCUGGACCUGCUCUGCUCACUCCAGCCUCAAUCCCAUCAUCUCAGCUUCCUGCAGCCUGUCCUCUCCCAGUGGCAAGCCAGUCUCCUCUAGGUUUUACGUCAGCACCGUUCAGCAGCCCUAUGAACUUGGGGUACCCUCAGGGAGGUCCUGGAGCUCCAUCUGCUAAGCCUCUGCCAGCAGCCAGCCUUCCUCCUCCUCCCAUAGGUUUCUUCCCUUGGCUAGAUCCCCACGUGGAUCAUGCAGGUAGUACACAGAGAAGCUUCCAGACCUGUCGGGGAGGCAGUGUUGCUGCUUGCAGUGAAACGUGGGCUCAGGACUCAUGGACUGAUCCCUCUGCUGCAAGAGGAGGCCUUCAGAAGAAAAAGCUGCCUGAGAAAUUUGCUCCUCUAGCUCCUAUCACAGCUCCAGUAAUGAACCUGCCCACUGAGCCCCAGGGGAUCCAUCCUCAGCUCUCCAGGUUGCAAGAAUCUGGCCAGUCACCCCCAGGAGCUCCCAAGGAAGGCAGCCUGCAGUAUCACCAGCUACCUGCAGAGAAAGUUGAGAAGAAGGAGCUGCCUCCUGAACACCAGGGUCUGAAGACCACACUUGAAGGGUUGGUGCAACGCUGCUCUGCUGUUGCCACUGAUCCAAAAACCCGAAGGAAGCUAGAGGAUGCACUGCAGCGGCUGGAGACCUUGUAUGACAAACUCCGUGAGCAGGCGCUCUCUCCAGCUAUCCUCAUGGGUCUCCAUGAAAUUGCCCGCUGCAUUGAAGCUAGAAACUACCAACAGGGUCUCAUGGUUCACACCCAAGUGGUGAGCAGCAGCAGUUUCAGUGAAGUGUCCGGUUUCAUGCCUGUCCUGAAAGUUCUAAUGACCAUUGCUGGCAAGCUGAAUGUGUAACAUGUGGAACAGCUGGUACAGUGCACAUACUGAGCUGGUGGACUCCCUCACCUGUUGUUGUGCUGCAGGUUGUGGACUCUUCUUCUGACUCUGGAGAAAUAAGUCUGUGCCUGGAACUGUGCUGGACCAGCAUGCCUGGCCCUAUCUACUCUCCAGACAACUAGGAGUCUGGAUAUCCUGGAGACUGCUCUCUGUCUCUCUCCCUCCUUUUCUCCUUCUCUAUCCCCCCACAUUCCCCUCAAAUCCACUUCCCAGCCCAGGGCUCUCAGUUUCAGGUGUCCAGGUAGCACAGAGAUCCCCAAGGACUGUUCUCUGUUAGGCUCCUUUUCCCUGUUCCCCUAACACAAAGGGGAAACCCCUUCCAGUCUGAUACUGCUUUUGUAUAGGAGACAAAUAGCUGACACCUCGGGCUCUACUCCCUGCUGUGCCUCAGUGACAGCUGCCUCUUUUGGGACCUAAGCUGGGGUGCCUCUGCUCCAUUGGGCUGCAGUCAGGAUCUCUCCUCUGAUUCCUCCUUUAUCUUCAUUCUAAUUUUCAUCUCAUCUCUUGCUCCUCUGCUCCCAUACAUGCUUACAACUAAGGUUACCUGCCAGCCUACUCUGGGCUGACUUUGAUUCUCUCCUUCUUCACCCAGCUCUCCUUUCAUAGAAAGUAAACAGAAGACAGCUAUCCCCUGCAUCCUCCAGUAUCCUUUUUCCCUCCCAUAAGCUGAAGGCUUGAGCCUUUGUUUUAGGCCAAGGCUUAUUUCUCUCCCUUCUAGUUCAUGGAAUUCUCCCAUUCAGGAAUAAUGGCAGAUUGGGAUGCUCUGUAUACUCCUCCCUAGAGCCAGCAGCCUUGUGUUAGGGCUAAAAGCUGCACUGGCUGGCUGGCCUUUUUUUUUAGGACAGUGGGCUUAUUGCCAGCUGAUGUCUAAAGGCUUUCUACCUUGGGAUUUCCAGGCAGUCUAAUGGCUUUAGAAGCAACAGGGAUUGUACAGGUCCCUUAAAGACCAGCCCAGGCUUGAGCAGAAGGAGAAGCCUCCUGACACGAUAGUAGAAAUGUGCUGCAGUCGAUGGCAUUGUCAGGUGCCAGGGACAUGGCUGUACUGAUGCUUUCCAUUACUGUGGUGUUUCCUCGGGGGUAAAAUAAGUGAAUGAAGCAUGCCUGUCCUAUGGAAGAAGUCUGGGAAAGCAGAUGGGAUUUUAGAGCACUUCCAUGUGCAUCAUUUCUUCUGUUCCUCCCUCCUUGCCCUCUUCUCUUUCACACUAACCAGGCAGUGCAGUCCAUGGACCCCAGCUGGGAGCGAGGCUUCUCAGUGUUUGGCUGCAGCCAGCCCCUGCUUCCUCUGCUUGCUGCUUGAGUGAUAAUGCCAUCGUGGGUCUGUGGUUCAGUGACAUACACAAUUCAGCCUGCUCUACUAUGAGACUUAGGAGGGAGGGGGAUCAGAAAAGGGAGGGAGAGGGUACAUCUCAUUCUCUCUUUUCCAGGUCAAAGUGCCUCCUUGUUGCUGCUUUGUUCUGUUUCUAUUACUGCAGUUUGAUACACUGAGAGAUUACAGAACAGUGAAAUAAAAGCUGCGUUUUGUGA